CUUCCCCUCUCCCUAGCCUCAUCUACUACAAUAACUAUAAUAGUAAAAUAUUUUUUGGUUAUUAUUUUAAUUUUAAUGAUGCACAAUUUUUUGGGACCUAACUAUAUAGUCACUUUCUUUGUUCCUUUAAAUAAAUUCUCCAAUCCUAUAAUAUAGCUCCAUUUCUUUCUUCAAAAAUUUCACAACUUCUACAUUUUCUUGAUUCCUUUAAAGUAUAUAUACUAAAAAAUUUCAUAAAGGAACAUUUUGUACUUCCAAAUUUAUUGCCGUCCCAAUUGUUUGAAUUUCACUAUAUAUGUUCAUUUUAUUCUUCUACUUUUCCAUCUAUCUCACAAUUAAAAGAAAUUAAAUUCGUCUCUUAUUUUUGCCACAAUGGAGUUUGAUUUGAUUAUUUCUGCUCUUGUUGGUAUUUUCCUCUUUCAUGGAUUGUGUUCUUCUGAAAAAGCUCCAAACUACUCAUUUAUGCGCGAAGCUACAACAGCACCAGCAAUUUCACAUUACGACUACAUUAUCAUCGGUGGUGGGACCGCUGGUUGUCCAUUAGCCGCCACGCUCUCUGAGAAGUACAGCGUACUUCUGCUGGAGCGUGGCGGUUCACCAUACGGAAACCCUAACAUCACCAACCUAUCCGCAUUCGGCUCCGCACUCUCCGAUCUCUCGCCAAAUUCCCCAUCACAGCGGUUCAUUUCCGAGGACGGCGUGAUCAACGCGCGUGCACGCGUUCUCGGCGGCGGGAGCUGUCUGAAUGCAGGGUUCUACUCACGCGCCGCCGUGGAGUACGUGCGUGCGGUGGGUUGGGAGGGUGGUUUGGUGAAUGCAUCGUAUGCAUGGGUGGAGGAGAAAGUGGCGUUUCAGCCGCCGAUGAUGGGGUGGCAAUCCGCCGUGCGCGACGGACUUGUGGAGGUCGGAGUGGUGCCGUACAAUGGAUUUACGUAUGAUCAUGUAAAUGGGACGAAGAUCGGAGGCACGACAUUCGAUGCAGAUGGCCAGAGACAUACGGCGGCGGAUUUACUUGAGUAUGCUAACCCUAAGGGAAUUACUCUUCUUCUGCAUGCUACCGUUCAUAAAAUCUUGUUCAAAACCAAAGGAGUAUCAAGGCCAUUAGCUCGUGGUGUAAUAUUUAGAGAUGCAUUAGGAAAAAUACACAAAGCAUAUUUAACAAGAGGAGAAAUGAAUGAAGUAAUAUUAACAUCUGGGGCACUUGGAAGCCCACAAAUGUUAAUGUUAAGUGGGGUAGGCCCAUCAAAACAAUUGAAGGCCCAUAAUAUUACAGUAGUAUUGGACCAGCCCAAUGUUGGACAAAGAAUGAUGGAUAACCCAAUGAAUGCAAUAUUUGUACCAUCACCUAUACCUGUUGAAGUUUCUCUCAUUGAAGUUGUGGGUAUUACCAGUUUUGGAAGCUACAUUGAAGCUGCCUCCGGCGAAAACUUCGCCGAACAUUAUGCUCUUAAUGAUUAUGGAAUGUUCUCCCCGAAGAUUGGGCAGCUAUCAACGGUGCCACCAAAACACAGAACUCCAGAAGCCUUAGAAAAGGCCAUAAAUGCAAUGAGUGGACUAGAUGAUGCAGUAUUUAGAGGAGGAUUCUUAUUAGAAAAAAUAAUGGGCCCAUUAUCCACUGGACACUUGGAGCUCCGAACCCGGAACCCGAAUGACAACCCAUCAGUGACAUUCAACUACUUCCAACAGCCAGAAGAUUUGCGUAGAUGUGUAAAUGGGCUCAAAAUUAUGGAAAACAUAAUCGAGUCCAAAUCGUUUUCGAAAUUCAGAUAUGACUCACUUUCCUUGCCAGCGUUACUCAAUUUGACAGCAAGUGCCCCAGUGAAUUUAUUGCCUAAACAUGACAAUGUGUCAGUGUCACUAGAGCAAUUUUGUAAGGAUACUGUUAUGACAAUUUGGCAUUAUCAUGGAGGGUGUCAUGUUGGUGAUGUGGUUGAUCAAGAUUAUAAAGUUAUUGGUGUUGAUAAAUUGAGGGUAAUUGAUGGUUCAACUUUUAAUUAUUCACCUGGUACUAAUCCUCAAGCCACUGUCAUGAUGCUAGGAAGGUAUAUGGGAGUAAGGAUAAUGAAUGAGAGACUUGCUAAAGAGAAGAGUCAAAAUUAAUUGAUAGUAAUAAAUUUGUUUCUUUUCCUUUUGUUGAUGAAUGAGGGUGGAUUAAUUAAAAACAUAUAAUACCACUUUGAUGUCUAUUAACUUUAUAUUCUCUGUAAUAAUCCCCAAUCCCCAUAUAUAAUUUCAGUCAGUAAUAUGUUUCAAAGAGUCCAGCAAGGGGUUUUGACUUCAAUUAUUCUGGAUAAUAGAAUUGAUUUUGGACUCUUA